AUGUGUGCUAGGAAAGUGUCUCGCGUCCACCACGAUCUUAAUGAUAUAAUAAAAAAGGUAGCCGAAGUUAAGGAAAUUACAGACAUUGAGUAUAAUGUUAUUUUCGGAUUUGAUGACGUCGACUCCUUCGCUUCUGGCAUUCAUAAUGUCGUAAUAAACGGAAAAAUAAACGGUAUUAAAGUUAAAUACAAAGUCGUUUUAAAGUGGCACCACAGCGCUGUGGACCGAACGUGUUUCAGAGAUGCUUAUAGACGAGAAUUCGUGUUUUAUAACUGCGUUACGCCGCUCCUUCUGGAAAUUCAAAGGAAAUCGAUUUUAAAUGAGGGACUGAAAUUUAAGUUUCCUAAUUGUGUUCUAUCGUCCAUGGAGUUCGAUAAGGAGGUGAUUGUUCUCCAUCACUUGAAGGACUAUAAAACAUACAACAGAUUUCACAAAAUGGAUCUACACCAUGUAUCAUUAAUCAUUAAGAAUUUAGCUAAAUUACACGCGUUAUCAUUUGCAGCAGCAGGGAUUAAUCCAGAUGAAUUCGAUAGAAUCAAAGAUAGUCUUAAUAGAGAUGUGCAAUAUUCGGAUACAAAGAAGAUACCGAAAUCGUUGGUUUAUUAUUUCAACGCCUCCCUCUGCGUCGUCGCAGACGAGGAGUAUAAGGAUAAAUUGAGAAAUAUCUCUCGACAUAUAGCCUUUAUUCUUAAUAAAUUAUCAGCCCCCAUCUCACCGUACAGUGUCCUUUGUCACGCGGAUUGCUGGCACAAUAACGUGUUAUUCAAAUAUCACGGAGACAGACCGGUGGAAGCUAUCUUCAUAGAUUACCAAUUAGCUCGCUUUGCGUCACCAGUUACAGAUCUCUCAUACUUCUUCUACAUGUGCACAGACUACGAAUUUCUUUCGAAGAACUACGACCAACUUCUGGAUAUUUAUUAUGCGACUUGCGCGGCUGUGCUCCGCGAAUGUUACAUUAAUAUAGAUAGUGUAUAUCCUAGACAAAUAUUUGUGGAUGAAUUAAGGUAUUAUUCGCUAUUUGGAUUAGUGGAGGCUUUGAUUUCUAUGAAGAUAAUAACAGCGGAUGCAGUGGAAGCUCAGAAAAUGACAGAAAUGAAAAAUCAACUGGCUGAGGUGAAUGUAGAUGACUAUGAGAUACAACAUCAAGAUGUGUUCGUGGAGAGAGUGAAUGGAAUUGUGAAUUUCUUUUUUGAAAAGAAUUACUCGUUGAAUUGCGGUGUCUGUGAAUAA